AGAGAGAGGUCCUGCUACUACCCUGAAUGUACAAUGUACAAUAUUCAUUACUGAGACUCCAUGAUCCUUUUCAAGUAGUGUAAACCAACGAAGGAUAAAUAAACAGACAAUACAGUAGACUAAUUUGUCACCCUGAACGCGCAAAGUUGCUCCCCCAUCAGGAAAUUUUAGGACAUUUGAAGACAUUUUAGGGCAUUGACGAUGAAGUGGCAUGCCUCAAAGCUCCCAAACCAACGACCAAUAAGCAGAGGCCUUUUUAUAGCACUCAAGAGGUUUAUCAAGACCUAUGGAAGCCAGCAAUAGUUGCCAUGAGCUAUCUGGUCUCCCCUACACAACAAGGUAAUCUAGGACAACUACGAAAAAAGUGGGUCUUUAGUCUAGCACGUCUGCACCAGACUUUUCCAUGCAAGGACAGUAAAGUAUGUCUCCCUCACGGACAUCAACCACUGCUACCACAGUCCUUCUGAUCCUGCUGAACUUCGACGUCAUUCAAGCAUUUAUGGCCAGCGUCACUGACUUCAGCGCACUUAAGAUCAGGAUGGUCAGAGAGAGCAAAGCUUUCUCAACCUUCAUCUUGGCCCCAGAUGUUGCCAUUCCUCAAGCGGAAGGAUUUCAUAGCUACACGGCAGUUAGCUUUCAUGACUGUCGCAUGACAUGCUGGGCAUCUGUGAAUUGCAAAUCUCUCUCAGUACAACCCACAGGCAGCACAUUCCUCUGUGUCCUGAGCAACAGGGGCCCGUUAGAUGACAAUAUUAUGUCCAGCUCUGGAGCAAGUUACAUCUUUAAAGUUGACAGUUUGAACGCCAAUUGGAUGAUAAUGCCUGACGGAAUAAGUUACAUCGUCCAUAAACGAAUUCCAUUAAAUUUCACGGCAGCCCUCAGUUUCUGCAGGAGAAUUCCUGGCCAUGACAUCGGAGUAUUCCAAACGACCGCUGAUACUGUGAACAUCUUAAAUCUGGGCAGCAAGACAGGAGCUUCAUGUGCGUGGACAAACAACAAGGGUGCUGUGGCUGACCCUGUCCAAACUUACUACAACUUUGCACCUCCCAUGUUUGUGUCUUCUAAUGCUCUUACAACGUGCAGUCCUUUCUGUCGAGCUCAUGUCGUUGAAUAGGCACCGAUAAUCCCAGGUGGUUACUACUACUCAAUCUCUGACUCAUGAUAUGUAAUAUGUAAAAUGAGCUAUGCAGGGGAGAAAUGACUUUGUGUAUCUCACGCCAAGGCUAAAGACAAGAAUGUAGAAGAUUCAGAGUAUUCACUGAACGCUAAAGCCAAAGAACUUUGUAGUCUUUCUUUGUUGAAGAUGCUAAGUUACUCAUGACAUUAUUGGUACCCAGAUUAUGAAAGAAGCACAGAUCAAGAAACUGCCUCUAGCUUGCAAGUUUUUGCUAGGCAGGCUCACCAUAUGUUGCCUUUGAAGCAAAUGAAUAUAUCUGAAGGAGGAGUGAGAUCUCUGUAAGUUACACUGACUCAGAGGUCAGCACCGAAGAUCUCAUUCAUUACAACACCCAACCACGUCCUGCGCCAGCACAAGAGCAGCAGAGUCUAUACUAGUCACAACCGACUGCUUUGAAGGAAUAGCCACCAGCCAAUUUCUUUGAAUGCUCGAAUCAGCUGUCUGAUGUACAAGACCCAAUCUUUUAAUGUCUAUUCUUUAGCGCACUGGAAAUGUAGUAUGUAUAAGCUUGAAUAUAUAUGUAAAUAAAUAUAAUAAAUAUAUGUAUCCAUUAAUGCAUGAAACUUUAUAUGUAAUCUUAAGGACACAUUAUAACACAUUAUAAUCACUGGCUCUGUAUCUUGAAUUUCAAGCCAAUGGCCCCUUUGGUGUGCUUGUUCCAUGUGAAUAGGUUUCAUCUACUGAAAUAAAUAAUAAUAAUAAUAAGCACUAAUUUCUAGUUUCUUUGCUCACUAUUGUGCGUCAGUGUUAUCACACUGCUUCAAAACAUUGCCCUGAUUGUGUAUUAUAAGUUUGACUAAAUAAAUAUCACUGCUGCACUUACA